CUCUCUCAAAUCCAUCCACAAAAGGAACCACGCUAAGAGAGCACCCGUCCCUCUCGUACACCUUCAUAACUACGAUAAAUUAGUGUUAUUAGAUUUGUCAAAGUUAGCCCACAAGAUGAUUUUAUAUUUUUUUUUUUUCGAAGUAGUGUGAUUUGAAAGUGCAAUGGAGUGAUAUUUCCAUGUACCGGCACACAGAGUUUACACAGUCCAUUCCCACAGAGAUAAGUUUCUUUGAUUGCGACAUCGAGCUCACCCUCUUUAUUUAUCAGCGUCACAAAUUAAUCAGUGCCUUCCUGUGGCCGGAGCUUGACUUGUACGAUUUGAGUAAUAGAGAAUGUUCAUGUAUCCUUGAAAACGACGAGACGUUGCUUCGUUUCGUUAAGCGCACUCGGAUAGCAUCGCAAUCCGAGUGCUGUUUUAGCUGCACCCCUCUGAACCCACACUCCUACCUCUCCUCCAUCAACAAAUUUCAGUCUCACCAACACACUGGGUGGUCUCUGAAUGCUGAAAUAUCAAACAAAGGGAGGGAGAACCAUUGCAACAAUUCAGGGAAAAGGAAGUUGUGUGAUCGCAAUGUGAAUCUUGCAGAUAAUUUAGAAUAUUGUCCGCCAACACUGACAAAAGGUUCGGAUGAAGAGGAUAGCUAUGAGAUAUCAGAUACAAGUUCAGAUUCAAGUUUAGAUUCUAGUUCAGAUUCUGAAACGUACUCGGGCCCCUCAUGAUCUAGUUUUUAGUGUUUCUAAAUAGUGAAAUAGUAUCCCAUUUCCUCUUUGCUAUGAUGCAAUGAACGUGUUUCUAAGUUUAAUAUCUGCAUAGUACAUAGUCAUGCUUGUAGCCCUACUGAGCCACUUCAGAACGUUGGAAACUGUUUUUCAUGUAUGCUCCGAUACUUUUUUUAAUCGAACAAAGAAAGGUCAAAGCUAAGUUUAAAGCAUAAA